UUGUGUGCAGUCUGGGGAUGCCCUUGUGGUGGUGCUUGUGCAUCACAGGACCCAGGCACUUCUCCUCUUCUAUCCCUCUAGGCUCUGCCAAGGUUGAGAGCGACAAGCGUCUAAGUGCAGGGCCCGGCCAGGGGCCAGGGUCUGUAGGGGAUGAGCACCAGGACAAUGUCUUCUUCCCCAGUGGGCGGCCGCCUCACCUGGAAGAGUUGCACACACAGGCCCAGGAGGGGCUCCGCUCCCUACAGCACCAAGAAAAACAGAAACUGAACAAGAGUGGCUGGGACCAUGGAGAUACCCAGAGUAUCAAGUCCUCCCGGACCGUCCCCGACGAAGACAAUAUCUCCUUCUGCAGCCAGACCACAUCCUACACAGCUGAAAGCUCCACGGCUGAGGACGCACUCUCCAUCCGCUCCGAGAUGAUCCAGCGCAGAGGCUCCACCUUCCGACCCCAUGACUCCUUUCCCAAAUCAUCCGGAAAGUCUGGGCGGCGUCGGCGGGAGCGGCGGAGUACGGUGCUGGGACUGCCGCAGCACGUGCAGAAGGAGCUUGGCCUGCGGAACGAGCGUGAGGCGCCGGGUACGCCUCGGCCUCCUGGUCCCCGGGAUGCUGUCCGCAUUCCUACGGUGGACGGCCGUCUGGCAGGCCUGGCCUCGGGGGCGGGCGCCCGGGUGUCCCUGCGGGCCUUGGAGGCUGAGGCGGAGGCUGGCACCGAGACAGAGGCCAUGCUGCAGCGCCACAUCGACCGUGUCUACCGGGACGACACCCUUGUUGGCCGCUCCACAGGGGCCCGGCCCCCACCACUGAUCCGGCCCCUGUCCCUAGCAGUGCCUGGACUGACAGGAGGGGCAGGACCUCCAGAGCCCCUGAGCCCAGCCAUGUCUAUCUCGCCUCAGGCCACCUACUUGUCGAAGCUGAUCCCACAUGCCGUGCUGCCACCCACGGUGGACGUGGUGGCCCUGGGCCGCUGCAGCCUGCGUACACUGAGCCGCUGCAGCCUGCUCUCGGCUAGCCCAGCCUCCAUCCGCUCGCUGGGGCGCUUCUCCUCCACCUCAAGCCCACGGCCCCGUAGCCGCCACCCUUCCUCCUCCAGCGACACCUGGAGCCACUCUCAGUCCUCUGAGACCAUCGUGUCCGACGGUUCCACUCUGUCCUCUAAGGGUGGCUCUGAAGGCCGGCCAGAGGACUCUGUGGCUAGCAAUAGUGUGGUACCCCCUCCCCCGGGGGGCAGCGGGAGGGGCUCCCCUAGUGGGGGCAGCACUGCCGAGGCCUCAGACACACUCAGCAUUCGGAGCAGUGGGCAGCUGUCCAGCCGGAGUGUGUCCUUCCGCAAACUAAAGCGGCCACCACCACCACCCCGCCGGACCCACUCACUCCAUCAGCAGGGCUCAGCAACGCCAGACGGGCCUCUAGGGCUGCCUCCCAAACCUGAGCGCAAGCAGCAGCCACAGCUGCCUCGACCACCCACCACUGGUGGGUCAGAAGGGGUGGGGGCAGCACCCUGCCCACCCAACCCAGCAGGCAGCUGGGUGCCUGGCUUGUCUCCAGGCGGCUCCCGGCGUCCUCCACGCUCCCCAGAACGGACGCUCUCACCCUCCAGUGGAUACUCGAGCCAAAGUGGUACUCCUACCCUCCCUCCCAAGGGUCUGGCGGGUGCCCCUGCUUCCCCAGGCAAGGCCCAGCCCCCUAAGCCAGAGCGUGUCACUUCCCUUCGCUCUCCUGGGGUCUCCGUCUCCUCUUCUCUCACAUCUCUGUGCUCCUCCUCUUCUGACCCAGCCCCCUCAGACCGCUCUGGGCUGCAGGCGUCAACCCCCGUGGGCGACAGGUUUGUUAUACCUCCUCACCCCAAGGUGCCUGCCCCCUUCUCCCCGCCUCCCUCCAAGCCCAAGAGCUCUAACCAAGCUGCCCCUGCUUUGGCUGUCCCUGCUGUGGUUCCUGGUUCUGUCUCUACUGCUGCCCAGACAUCCUUAACUCCACCACAGGAGUCUCCUGUUGUCUGCAAAGCCCAGUCGCCCCCGCCGUCCCCACCCCCCUCUUAUCAUCCACCCCCACCACCCACUAAGAGGCCAGAGGUGGUUGUAGAGGCACCACCUGCCCCAGAAAGUGCCGAGGAGCCCCUCCAAGAUCCCAACUGGCCCCCACCCCCACCUCCUGCCCCCGAGGAGCAGGACCUGUCCAUGGCUGACUUCCCCCCACCCGAGGAGGCCUUCUUCUCUGUGGCUGGCCCUGAGCCUUCAGGCCCCCCAGAGCCUGUCAGCUCCCCCACGGCUUCACUCUCCCCAGCUACUGCUUCCCAGAGCCAGCCCCAUGUUAGCCCAGACCCUCCUCUGGCUCUGCCAGCCCCACCUCCUGCUAGUUCUGUACCAGGGCUUCUGGCCAAGCUCCCUCGGAAGGAACCAGCGGGCUGUAGCAAGAGUGGUGGGGUUUCCAGGGAAGAGGCUGGUACACCCCUGGUCACACCUUCGCUCCUGCAGAUGGUGCGGCUACGCUCUGUGGGUGCUCCCACGGUGGCUCCCCCACCAGCAUUGGGGCCCUCGGCCCCCCAGAAACCACUUCGAAAGGCUCUGUCAGGGCGGGCCAGCCCAGUGCCGGCCCCAUCCUCAGGGCUCCAUGCUGCCGUCCGACUCAAGGCCUCCAGCCUGGCUGCCAGUGAGGGCCUUGUAAGUGCCCAGCCCAAUGGACCACCUGAGGCAGAGCCACGGUCUCCCAAGUCCCCUGCCUAUACGGCCAGUUUCAUCUUCUCCAAGGGGACUAAGAAGCUGCAGCUUGAGAGGCCUGUGUCCCCUGAGACCCAGGCUGAUCUCCAGCGGAAUCUGGUGGCUGAACUUCGGAGCAUCUCAGAGCAACGGCCUCCCCAGGCCCCAAAGAAGUCACCCAAGGCUCCCCCACCUGUGGCCCGCAAGCCCUCUGUGGGAGUCCCCCCACCACCUUCCCCCAGUUUCCCUCGGGCUGAGCCCCUUACUGCUCCUUCCACCAAUGGGCUCCCUCAAGCUGACGACAGGACUAAUGGGGAGCUGGUGGAGAAUGGAGGUGUCGUGCAGCUGGUGGGCCCUGAGGACAAGAUGGGCCCUCCAGGCUCAGACCCACAGAAAGAGCUGGUCUGACCACUGGGCACCUCACUGGCACUGCUGACCCAUCCCAGGAAUAAAAUCUCAGGGACCCGAGCAGCUCCAAGGAUGAGAGGAUACGGCAGACCUAGCCUGACAGAGAGGGCGCCUGCAGCCUUAACCUCCAUGGCCUUCGAUAUUUAUGCAAGCCUGGUGUUGCUCCUGUCCUCCAAGUCAUCUCGUGCUCAUGCCUUUUCCGGAAUGGAUUCACCUCUGGCAGCUGCCACCUCAAUCUUGGCCUUAGCCUCAUCUUGAAGGAGGUAGCUGGUGGGAGUCAGUGCCUGCGCCCCCUGCUGGCCCUGAGGCCACGUAGUUGGGAGCAGUGCACCUCACUUGAGCUUUUCUUUUUCUCCAAACCAUGCACAUACUGUAGUCCAGAAUCAAAGCACUUUUGGAAAGUGGCCACAUGUCCAUCUUCCAGGCCUGGGAAACUGUUUCAAUGGCCUGUUUACAUGACAACAGUUAUCAAUCCCCAGCAGCCAAUCCAUAGCUUGGGACCAAUCUGUGCCCUCCUCCCGCAAUCCAGUUUGCUCCUUUUCUUGGUUCUUGGAGGUGGGCAGGUAAUUGUAGUCCCACAGGCUGGUGGCAGGAGUGGGGCUGUGGGAUUCCAAAGCACAAAAGGUGCAGUAGGGACUUGCCUUCCUGCGCCUCAACUCACCAACCAGCCUCCUGCCUUCCCGUUCUGCUAGGUGCUUCAUGCAAGGGACAAGUAGGAGACUGUCAGGG